AUGAGAUACUGCAUAGCAUUUGCAAGUGAAGGAUGCAUAGCUAAAGUAUGUCUAGUAUUACUCUGUUUGUGUACUCUAUGUGCCACGUAUGUUGGUGCAGUGAGCGUUUCUAUUGGUGCAGAAUAUGCCCAGCUGUACCCUCAUCUACCUCAAGCAAAGACUUGCGGUUAUAAUGGUCAUGUGAAUCGGCCACUGGCAUACAUUGCAAACUGCAGACAUGAAAGAAAUCAUAAUCGUAUAUCAUCUGAUUACAAGAGGAACUUGCUGCUGAAUUCCGAGGAUGAGCCUGUUGGUUAUGCUGAAGAGGAGGGUUUUUUCAGGGGGUUACUCCGGGGUCGAAGGUUGUUCCGCAGGGGGGAAAGGAUACCUUCUGGAAUGAUGCAUCAAGAGUAUAAGCGAAUCAUCCCCGAAAGUGAUCCUUGGGAUGAACAGGAUUUUGGAGGGAUACCUAAUCUUCCUCGUAGGAUACCUAUAGAGCUGUCUAACGACCCCGUCAACGAAGAAUUUAUUGAGAUGCGAAAGAGACAAAUCCCGCAUUCCAUACUAAAAAAUUAUUAUAUGAUCACAACGGAUGAGCCUGGUUUGGUGAAGGAUUAUGGUAAUACGUUUAAGCCUUUGUUUGAAGGCCCCUAUGAGGAUACGGACCUUUAUCUUCUGGGUCAGGGUAUCACGACUCCCUUUGUGUAUGAUGACGAUGAAGCUCUUGAAUCCCCUGCAGGGGGAGUUAGUCAGCAUUCUGAUAUAACACGAAGCAGUACAUCGUCUCUAGAGGAGGGCGAAGAGCCGGAUGAAGAGAUCGAUGAGAAUGUCAGGAUUGCUCGCGAACUAUGGCACACUUAUAAUGACAAAGACCGUGUGUGCCAACUUAUGCUUUCUUCGAUGAGUGAUUACCAAGAUGCUAAUUUGUCACCAAUGGCGCCGGAUGAAUUACCAGAUGACGCCGAUUUCUUCGAUUCUCAUCUGGGAAGGUAUUUCAUUACGGACAGUUGCGGUUCUCCUAUGUGGCUUACUGACUGGAACGAGGAGUAUCUGCGUGGUCUGGAGGGCCUCGAGGGCAAAGAAUUGAUUGACUACGAAAAGAUGUGGUACGAAAGGCUUGAUAAAUUAGUUGAGCGUUAUGAUCGUUUGAUACCAGAUGAUAAUCCAAUCAAAAAGGUAUGGGAAUACUUUGCUGAUGUGGACAGCGAUGAAGCGUCGCUUAGACAAUCGGGUCUCCGUCACCGAGGGCCACCACGUGUUAUCAUUGGAGGCAAGGUCUUAAAGACAAAAUGGUCCGAACAUAUCCCUCCAAUCCUGCUUGAGUACCUAACGAAACACUCAUCUGUUAGUCGACUGAAUAACAUCAAAGAGAAGGACCAGCGGCAGCGAUCACUCGAUAUCAAAGCGGAUGCAUUUAGGUCUUGUAUUGACAUGUCUAUGAACCGUCUAAUAAAAGAACGUAAGUUACGUGCUGAAGAGGAAGAUCGUCGCAAAUACAUUGCAUUUUUACAUGAACGAAGGAAGCACUUAGGGACAAGCCAUAUAGGAGCACAACCGAACACACCAUACUGGUUGUGGGAGGAGUGUUGGAAGAAUCGCGAUAGCCUUGUUCCGGAUACCAUGUUAGAGAUCCUACGUGGCAUAAGGGCUGUGGAUCCGACUACCGACAUUACCGAUUUGACUAAGGGGACUAUUGAGAGCAUGAAAUCCCCGAAGCUUCAUGGUACUAAAUUUGACACACGUAUAUACCUGGAUAAUCUCGCAGCGGAUAGAACUCUUCGUCUUGGAGAAUAUAUCGAUGCAUGUAAGCAAGAGGAUAGAAAGGCUGAGACUGAUGUGGCAAAUAACGGCAGUUCAGGGGAAGAACAUAAAGAGGGUUAUGACGAGAAGAUCGACGGCUUGCCCCUCCCGUUACCUCUAGGUUACUAUUUCCGCGACGUUUUAUCCCUUGAUAAAUUUGAAGAAGCAUUUGAAAGCUUCAACGAGGAAUCGUUUGGUACCAAGGAAUACUGCGUGAAUGUCGGUCAGCUAGUGAAGGGCACUGUUGAGGAUGUGAAACCAAGACGUUUGUUGGUAGACAUCCAUAGUGGCAAGUUUGCAGUAAUGUAUCUAAACGACCAUUAUAGCACCCCUGACGAUGUUCCAUCAGGGGGUUUUACCGCGGAGUUUAGGAAAGGGGAUGAAAUGUACUUCGAGGUGCUGUCAAAGUACGGUAGCGAUAUAAGGGUAUCGACACGUCGGAUCCAGGAUAUGUACAAGCAUCGCGAUAUUUAUCGCAAGCAUUUCAAGCGUGAAAUAUUUAAGGUGCGUGCAAUACAAAGGUACACUAUGGGUCUGCUUGUUCAGUUCCAGGGUGACGACAUCCAGGACAUAAAGGAUUACGAAUGUCCAUCUGAUGUCCACAACUUGGAUAACCUGGCUUUCAUUCCCUACGAAGAGUUGGACCAGAGAUAUUGCAGCGAUGUGCAGAGGAUACGCUUCGAUGUUGUUGGUAAAGUUAUUCCUGUAUUCAUUGCUAACUGGUCUAUUUGUCACGGGAUUCCUCUUCUCUCCAAUAUUGAGGCCAUAAGGAGGCUUCCUCUAGCUCAUAUCCGACGUGGUGACAUAAUCUGCGCUAAACAGUGUAUGUAUGGUAAAGAAUCGGUUUGGUUGAACAUGGGUCAUACUUUAUGUACUCUUUCCGUGAUGGAUAUGGACCCCGAAGCUUAUGAGAAGCAUAAACGUGGUGAUCGUGGUCUGGUUUUGGCGGAGGUCAAGAAUGUGCAUAUGUUAGCUGGUAACGUGGAGCUUACCACCAAGGGCAUCAAAACAUCGAGUAGAGGGGCGUCUGUGAAUGAAUGGAUGGAGCGCAUCCAUCUGGACCCCGACCCUGUGAGAACGUUUAACGAAAGGCUGAGGGGCGAUGUCAAUUCUGCAAUGACACUGACAGCCACCGAGCCUAUGCCUUCUGGUACAGAGCUUAACCCUAUCCACAACGUUCCUAAAAUGGUACUUUCCACGCCGUCUAUACCCCGUUUACCACCUGUAAAGCCGGAUGAUGGAAAGGGUGACUGGAGUGGUAUUCGUUGGGACUUUACUGCCACCGCAUCGCCUCACCGUGAUGAGGAUGAGCUGCAACAUGGUUACAACCAAUAUCGGUGGGAAGUUCUAACUGAGCAAGGUUGGGACAUCAUCCCGCCAGGAGAGCAACUUAUCCUCAACCGUGCUAAGUUCCAACACGAUGAUGUUGUGUACUACGAAUAUGAAGGUCGAUCUUACCGUGCUGAUCUUUUGGAUAUGUUACGCGAGAACCUCACUGAUUUCAUUGAGCAGCCUCUGCGUAACAACUGUGUUGUACCUCUUGACGACGAUGAGCUUCAAGAAGCUAUGGGUUUGAUAAGGCUGAAUGCGGAUGCCGGCACCCUUUAG